UGCCGGUUCUCUGCCGCCUCUGCUCGCUCCGCAAGGCCGCUUGUGCCUUUGCCGUGCCUGGAUGUGGCCCGUGUCUGUUCCCGCCCGCGGUGGUCCCACACCUGCCCUCACUGUGUGCGUCCUGAGCUGCCUUCCUCAUCAGCGGUGCUCUCCUGCCUUUUGCAGUCCUAGUUACAGAAUCUAGGCCUUCAUUACCUUGUUUUCUUGUCGAAAUCAGCAUCUCCAGGCUUUGUUUCAGGUGUAGCUUCCCUCUUCCAGCCUAUGGUUUGCAUUACCGGCUCCCUGAUUUCAAAGCCCUCCAGAAAGCCCUGUGUGAAUACUCGGAGUGCCUGCUGCUCCUACCUGCCAGCAACAUUGCAAUGAGACGAGAUGUCCAGGAGGGCCAGGCUCGGUGUUUAUCUCGCCUGGGAAAGCACAAGGAGGCUCUGGAUAUUGCAGAAAAAAUGAGAAACAGCGCUACUAACACAGAUCACUUAACGACGGUUCUCAACCUGCAGUUUUCCAUUUACCAGGAUCUGGAAAAUGUGGAAAAAAAGAUGAUGUGUCUGCAGCAACUGAUCUGCUUACAUCCUUUCAAUCCCUGGUUCUGGAAAUUACUUGCUGAAGCUUAUAUGAGCCUUUUACAGAAAUUGUCUCCAUUGGUCAUUCCAGGAGCAAAUCUAAAUCACUCUGAAGAGGUUUGUGUAAGUAAUAGCAGUUUCAGAACAUUGACUGGCAGAGAGAUUAAUUUGCAGCCUCACAAAUGUGAUGGCCAGAAAGAAGGCCCUUGGUUCAGCCUUGCUGCAGAAACAAAGGAGGAGAAUGCAGUGACUUGUCCCAGCAGCCAAGUGGUGAAAGAAUUCCUCUGCACUUCAGGAGAGCUGGAGCGGACAGACAAAGAGAAAUGUGCAGACUCCAAGUCCUGGAAGCAGAACAUGUUAAAGAAGGUUGGGAUAAAAGCAUGUGCCUCAUUUAUUAGAGCAAGGCUUUUACUUCAGCUUACCCAGUCACAACAGUUGUCCUUUGUGCUAGAGAAUAACAGAAAAAGUCAAAAGGAAAUUGAUGACAAAGUGGCUCUACUUGGUUUCGAUGAAAACUCCUUGCUGCUGAUGACUAAAGCUAUGGGGCAGGAUCUUGUACCAGAAAAACUAAAAGAGGAGUUUCAGGGUGAGGUAAAAUGCAUAGGCCCUUCAGCGUUGUCAUCACUGGUGACUGCUUCAGUCAUGGAAUUUGAAAUUAAAUGGUUUGGUAAUCUCCAAGAUGAUUUAUGCCACUUUGACAGACAAUUUUAUUCCGAUAUUUAUCUCCCACCUUCAGUAACAUAGAUGUUUUGUUGUAUUUAUUCUUGUAUUUCUAAAUGAUUAUGGCAUGAUACAUGCAAUAAAGUUCAUAUUACAUUUUUUUAAAAAUUC